AAUUGUUUCUUGGAGUUGGAGAUGUGCUGCUCGCAGUAAAAUAGGACAAGUUGACGCAUGUGUGGCAGUGCACUGUAAGGUGGGAUAAACAAAGACACAAAAGCUCAGUGAAAAAGCGCCGUGUUUUAUUGAUCUGGCGUAAGAAAAAAAAAAAAAAAGAUUCAGAGGAAGAACCGGGAGCGAUUCAAAGUGCUAUCUUGUCCGUGGGGCUUUUUUAUUUCUCCACCCUGCAACCUGAAAAAGAAAACGCAGCCUUUGCGGAAUCGUCACAUUGAAGACGACACGUGUGGAUGGUGAACCACAAGUUUCCUGUGAGGACUGCAGGCUGAUUGCCUCCAACUAUCCAUUUGAUCGGAUUAUUUCUUAAGUAAGGGCUGCUGUAGAUCAAUUCUCUCUUUCCUUUAUCCGGAUCUGCUGAAGUGAUGUCGGAGGUCGAGCUCUCUGCCGACUGUGUCCCCUGCAGACCACCGGGUCGGACAGAGGACAUGUUGAAAGAGACCCCCGAGAACAGGACUUUACUGAUGGUGGCUAUGAUUUUACUGGACUUGAACAAAUGCAGCCCUAACACCGGAGGAGGCAGCAGAAGUCUCGGGGGCAGCGAUGCCGGCUCGGGGGAGAAGGUGGAGCGGGGGAGUUGCCGGUUGAACGCCGUGGACAGCCCAAGCCGGGGCUCGGUGGCACCCAAGCAGUCCCGGAAUAAGAGGGCGGCGGCGGUGGUUUCUAGACAGGAGUGUCCCGAGAAGAGACACUGUUGUCCCUUUUCAGGCUGUGGGAAGAUGUAUGGCAAGUCAUCCCACCUCAAAGCCCACCUUAGGGUGCACACCGGUGAGCGGCCCUUCGAGUGUACCUGGCCAGACUGUGGCAAGAAGUUCUCCCGCUCGGACGAGCUGACGCGCCACUACCGCACACACACGGGUGAGAAGCGCUUCAACUGUCCGCUGUGUGACAAGUGCUUCAUGAGGAGUGACCACCUGACCAAACAUGCCCGACGACACGCAGGCUUUCAUCCCAGCAUGCUACAGGGAUGCGGCACGGCCAAGAGACGCCGCUGCUCUGUAUCCGUGUCCUCGUCUGACUCCGGAGACCAAAGCCCUGCUGGGCUGUGAGAAACACCCUCAUACUGUACAUAUACAACACAAAGGAACAUGCAUUAGAUACAGAGUCAUGCACAAACAUAGGCACACCCACAUGUGCCUGUGUGUGCACCCUUUACAUAAAUCCUGUCAAGACACACAUCAGCUAGACCACUAUUUAAAAAGUUUGUUUAUGUAAGAGGAUGCAAAGGCAAAUGGGUAAAUUCACGAGAACCUGACUGAGGAGAUUGGUAUAAAUUAAGGAGUAUUCAGGGUCUGUGUCGCAGGUUCUAGUUGCUUUGCCCUUUUGUACAACUUUAUUGUUUGCUGUGUAUUUUGUUGUUCCCGGAUCAUCCUGAAUUGAAAAAAGGCAUUAGUGUACAUAUCUAGUUUUCACAAACACUACAUGUGCUCACUUUGCAGCACACACUACUUCAUUUGCAAUAUAAGAACAGGGAAUACUGCUUAGGGGAAUAUUAUUGUUGCACACAUACAUUUAUACUUGUAUAGUUACUCUCCGGUCAAGGACAAGGUGAAUGUACAGUAUAGCAACAGAAUGAUCAUGUCAAUAGAUUAAACAGAUGGAUGAUAUACUCAGUAUACUGUAGUUAAAUGUUAUAGUACUAAGAUUAAGCUAUUAUGUAGAGAAAAAACAGAAUGUCAUAUGCUUGGCUAUGGACUUAAUAAGUCAGGUAUAUUGUGAACUUAUAGGUCUAGGCAGCGUGUUAACCUUAAUGUUGUCACAUCAUGAUACACUUGCUAAUAUUUGCACCUCAAUACCCUUACAAUACUUUGGGAAGACCACAUUACACACAUGUGCAGCAAACACAACAGGGUAAAACACACUCAAAGUCAAGUUCAACACUUUACUUGAAGUUUUUUCGGGG